AUGAAUAUCUCAUGUGGCCGCUACACUGCACAUAAAGAAGCUAGCAUGUAUCCACUUUCUGUGAGAUCCAACAACAACCAUACUGGACAGAAUUAUGCACCAAGUCAAUCAUAUUUCAAUUAUGUGGCUUAUCACCAUGUGCCGAACAUGGAAAACCAAGGACAGUCUUGUGGAGUUUGGGGGUCUCAGUAUGGAUCACCUCGAGAGGACUGGAAUUCUUACUCUGCUCCACCAUCCAACCCAUGUGCUGUACAAUCCUCUGAUUUAUCACCUACCCAAUAUGCUUAUAGCUCUCCUGGCUACAAUUCUCCACAUCCUGCUGGAUCUGGGAUUUUACAUUCAGUGGAUUCAAAUCACACCACUGCCAUUUCACCUAUUAGUCAAAGCCAAAAUUCCUUUGACUGGAUGAGGAAAACUGUUCAAUCUACCUCUACAGGUAAAACAAGAACAAAGGAAAAAUACCGUGUGGUUUAUACUGAUCAUCAGAGGCUGGAGCUGGAGAAAGAAUUUCAUUACAGCAGAUACAUCACAAUCAGAAGAAAAACCGAACUGGCUGCUAGCUUAAGACUUUCCGAGAGACAGGUAAAAAUCUGGUUCCAGAAUCGCAGAGCAAAAGAAAGGAAGCUCUUCAAAAAGAAGAUGAAUCAGUUUGAUGGCGCAGGUUCUGGGCAAAGUGAUUCGGGUUCGGCCAGUCCAAAUCCAAUCUGUGACUCUGUGGUACAUACAGACAUGCCAAGCUCUUUGUAUCAACCACCACCUCUUGCACUCAAUGGUCUGCAGCCCAAUGGCAUCUUACAUCAGGUCACUAUUGAAAUAGACUAA